ACUUCAGCAAGAAAUGUUUCAGUUUUCACAAUCAGGUUUUAAAAGUGCAUCAAAGCAUGAUGAUGUUGAUAGAUCUUCAAAUGUAUAUAGAAUGACAGAGACUCUGUGCUGUGGUUUAGAGAAAUGUGAAAAUAAUAGUACAUGUGCAACAAGAAAUACUUGUCUCCCUCAGAAGGAAGACAUUAUUAACAGGAUAGAAGAUGAAUUGUGUGACACAGCUGACUUUUCAGCAACUAUUAAGUAUUCUUCUGGCAUAUGUUCAGUUAAUAAUUAUACAUUAAGUGAAGAUGUUAAUUUUAAUUGUAAUUGUGAUAUAAUGCAUUGUCUAAAACGCAAACAAAUUUCACAAAGUUAUUUGUGUUCUACAUAUAAUUUAUGGAGAAUUAGAGCAGAUAAAAAUCUGCCAUUACCAAUUACAAAAAAAGUUGGUACACAGUGGAGGAAUUGUUUUUGGAGAACAUUUUUAAUUCCUUUUGUUGUCUUAUUAUUAUGUGCAACAUUAUGCAGUGCAGAUUCUAAUCAAUGUGCAGUUGGUCUCAAAACACCUGGGAGGACUUGGCCACAAGGUGACAUAGUUCUUGAGUAUGGCCAAUCUUUGAGAAUACUUUGUAUAUUAAACCAAACAUUUGUGGAUGCUGAAUUUCCUGGAAAAAAUGCCUCAGAUCUUGUAUUCUUUCGUAACAAAAAAGAAAUGGAGCCUCCAUUUCUUACAAUUAUUAAUGAAACUACAAUAUCACUGGAUGUGGAAAAGCCUCCACCUGCAGAAGAUAUGUAUUACUGUAAAUUAAGAUUGCAAGAAGAUUGUAACAAGCAACAUGAAGCAGUUUGUUUGAAUAAAGUUGUUGUUGGCUUCAAACCUCAAGAACCCCAAAACUUCAGCUGUGUAUCACAUAAUUGGGAAAAUAUGAUAUGUUCGUGGGAUCCCGUCCAGAACUACGUUACAACGAGAUUUACGCUUGUUUUUAAAUUGCCGGGAAGAGCAGGGGGUCGAAAAUUAUAUCCAUGUCCAAAAGAUAAUACAAAACCAAUAAGUCCAAACAAGUGCAUAUGGGAUACAUAUACAAAUCCAAUUUAUCGACAACCCUAUGAAUAUUAUACAUUUAUACUGAAUGUGGAAAAUGUGUUAGGGAAUUCCAGUUUUACAUAUAAAUUUCAUCACUAUGCUCAUGUUAUUCCUGCCAAACCAGCUAAUUUAUCAGUUAUUAAUAAAACAUCUGAUAGUGCAUUAUUGCACUGGAGUGUGCCUUUUCCAAUGCAGAAUUUUCCACCUGGAAUAUAUCAUAGAAUCACGUAUCAGAACCAAUGGGAUCAUGAAAAAACUUGGCAGGUAAUAAAUAUUACAAAUGAUACUCGCACCCCGAAAAGAUACUAUAAUCUUACUGGGUUGGAGUAUGCUAAUACCGUAUACGAUGUACGAGUUUUUAUGAAAAGUGCUGUCGCGACUGGAGAAGAUAAGUGGAGUGAGUUUAGUGACGUUACUUUUAGAACACCAUCAAGAUUACCUGGCCUUCCUCCAAAAACCGAUAUUGGAAGCUUUGAAAUAGCGGAGAACAGUGCUAGCAGGGACGUAUAUUUGUACUGGCAAACUAUACCAGAGUACUUGGAAAAUGGCGAUAAUUUCAAAUACGAUAUUGAUCACGUGGAAGAGAAUGGUCGAAGAUCGUCGGUUGUUCCAAACGAAACUACGAAAACGUAUGCUAAAUUUAAGGGACUUAGUUUCAACAGUUAUCGCUUUGAAAUUGUCACAUUGAACAUUUUUGGAAGGAAUAAAGAACCUGCAGAAAUUUUUGUACCUAGUCAAUACGAAAUACCACACGAACCAAUAGCAUUUACAAAAAUCGCGUUCGAUGGAGGCUUGUACGAGUUAUCUUGGAAACCACCUAUUAUGAGUAAAGAAAUCAUGAAUUAUACAAUUUUUUGGUGUGAUAACGAACGCGAUCGUCCUUAUCAAUGUACCGGUUAUCUAGACUGGGUACACGUAUCGAAAAAUACAACGAUUUAUAACAUGACUGUACCAGAUCCCGACAAGGUGUAUCAGUUUGCAAUUUCUGCGAAUACCGCUAAAGGCAGUAGCGGCAUGGUAUGGGCGUCAUGCACCGUGAUACAUAACAAAGUUGUUGGAAAAAUGAAGUCUGUGUGGAUAAAUCGCAUUGGUUCCGAUUUCAUCGAAGUUGGUUGGAAAUUAGAUUGCUCGGAUCGUAUUGGAAUUGUGGAGGGUUUUAAUAUUUAUUAUUGCCCUAUUGUUUCGCCGUACAAUUUAAAUUGCAAAGGUCCGAAACUUAAUACAACGAUUAAAGCUGAUCCUCAUACUAUUCAUGGCAUAGUGAACAAUUUGAAACCGUAUACUACAUACAUGUUGGCUGUUGCUGUUUUAACGAAAAGUGGAGAAGGACUACAUAGUGAUCCUUUGUACAACACAACGCUCGAAGCCGCACCAACAACUCCACCGCAGGAUGUGAAAAUUACCAAUGUGACAAACACCACAAUGUAUAUCACAUGGAAAGCACCAGCUGCAAUGAACGGUGUAUUGCGAUAUUACGAAGUUUAUUACAACGAACAUCAGCAAAAGGUUGAAGAAGCGAAUCAUAUUGAAUUGAAAGAUUUACUGGCUCAUACGAAUUAUAGCAUCAGCGUAGCGGCAUGCACCGUAUCUUGCAGCGUGAAAUCACCUAUAAUUCACAAACAAACGCAAAUUGGAGUACCGGGAAAAAUCAAUGUACCUAACGUACGCUUCAUGAAUUCUAGCCAAGUGAUUGUUAUCUGGAGUAAACCCCAUUAUACAGCUGGGCAUUUAGAUUAUUACGAAGUAUCUUCCAGCGACGGUGAAAUACAAAAUAGUACUAGAACAGAGGCUCAAUUACCUAUCCCCGACUGCAAAACUAUAGGGCGGGAGAGAUUAUAUCAAUUUUGCGUAAGGGCUGUUAAUAUUGCGGCGAACAAUUUACAUUUAAGGGGUCCUUGGUCUGAACCUGGAGAGGGAAACUGCUAUAGCGAUGGACCAUCGUACACCGUGUGGGUCAUAAUAUGGGUGAUAGGGUGUGUUAGUAUUGUGGCACUUCUUCUUUGUCUUGCUCAUCUGUCAAAGAGGAUGUGGUUGAAGUGUAAAGCGAUGCAAGAUGUCGAAGUUAAACUACCACCUGGAUUAGCUCCAAACAUGAAGCUUCUUCAAAAAGUGGGAGAACAACAUAUACGACAAUCUUCUGCCGAUUCAAGUGGUUGUUCAAGUGGACAAGAAUCUGUUACUUCCUCGCUCACAUCAGAAUCUCAGGUUUCAAGCGAUAGCGGUACGGAGAUAGAUCCAAUGCCUGUAUCACCCAAUAAAUUACUUGAGACGUUACCAGCUUGGGAAUCUUCAAGUCUUCGUCAGAGAAACGUUGGAAUCACCAAGCCAGGGUUUACAACGGAAACAGCACGCUGGGAACCGUACGUAAAGGUUGCAAAAUCCGGAGAGCCCAUUGUCGGAGACACGUUGUCUUUAGCACGAUCUACGCCCAAUCUAACUGAUAGUACAGGUUAUACAACUUCGCAACACACUUGGUCCUCGACCGGUUACAUUAGUAUGCCAUCAUCAGAGGAACUAUCCAGUAAUCCAAGUCCCAUUCCUAAAGAAACUUCAACCGCAGGUGGUUAUAGUAUCAUAGGAACGGUUCCUAAGUCUGUCAAACCAAAGUCCGAAGAUGACAGUGAUUUAACGGAAUCUACCGCAGACACGCUAAUACCUAUCAAGCCAGAAUCCAAAUCUACAAAUCCGUACAUAACUUUAGCGUCUUUGGAGCAGAAACAAAAAGACAAGAAGACCAUCGAUUCCUUACGCGACUUGGGCGAAUUAACGUUUACCGAAUCAAAUAAACCGAAGCUAGAAUCAUUAACUCCAUUCUCUACUGCUGACAAAUCUUCUAAGCCAUACGUGCAGACAGGUUUGAUCGAUUCACUGAAGAAGCCGUUCACUUUAAACACCAUUGAUGGUACAAGGAGUACAACGAUGUCCACUCCGUUUGCAGCCACAUCUUUAACAGAUUCCUGUAGCAAACCGUUUGUUUCCCCUUUUGCAAGUCCAACGUCUUUGACGUCCACGCUGGAUACCUCGUCGAAGCCGUAUGUUUCCGUGUCCUCGAUCCCUGAAGUGACGAAAAAGCCAAAUCUACAAACAGGUGCUUUAGAGUCUUCACAGAAGACUAACGCGCCUCCAAUUUCAACGACUGACGGCUCGAAGCCGUAUGUCCCCGCGAGUUCCGUAUUUCAAAUGUUACAACAACAGCAGAGGGGAAAAUCGGAAGCUCCUACUUCAGAGGUGAUAGACGAAACGGAAGAAGACGCCACGACAACGUAUCCUCUGUGUUGGCAGACCGCUGGUGCGAAGCCAAGCUCGAAGUUGGACGUGGACAAGUCCAUAAUCACGACUAAACAGAGUACUGGAUACGUUACCAUAGCAGAAAACCCAAAGCUAGAUCAACAUAGAACGUCGACGUUGUCGUCACCGUACGUACAACACGACAGGUUUGAAAAGCCACUGCCACAAACCACUACAGGACAGUCAGAUGAACAAUACAGUAAAGUGACUGUUGUGCCAAGUACUAUUCAAUGAGAGGGGAAAGGUGCAAAGAACGUAACGAUUGUGGCAGUGUAGCUUGUGUGUUUAUCACUUUGUAUAAACUUCCUUCGACGUGGUAGGAACGUUUUUUUCAAUGAACUACGAUGGUGCAAUACGAUUUCACGUUUGUAGGUGCUUUCAAAAUGUAGUCCGAUGACAGUAAGUCCUACACUUGUUUUUACGAAUAUAGUAUUCAGGUCUGAGGCCUGAAAAAAUACUAAAUUGCAACACGAAACACGUGAAUCCUUAGAGAGAUGAACGGGCAUCACAAUACUCUCUUUCUCUCUCUCUCUCGACACAUAUUUACAUCGGUGGGUUUAAAAUUUUAGUGUUUUCUAGGAUUCUACACAAGAACAGCAUGGUUUGAUGCUGAGUCAACGACUGAAACAAAGAAAAAAAAGUUAAGAAAAUUAUAAAAAAUGAAGAAUAUCGUAUAUAACGAUAUAUAAGUUCGGUACGAGGACACGUCGAACAUGAA